AUGCCGCCAUGCGGAAAGCCUCCCAUGCCGGACGACGAGGAGAAGGGUAUUUUGCUGUCGCUGUACUUCCGCUACGUUCACCCGGGCUUCCCAAUCCUGUAUAAGUCGCACUUUUUGAAGCAAGCCUUCGACAAGAAGAAUUCCCAGUCUCCUGCUCUCAUGUCGGCGGUCUACGCGGCAGCGUCAACUUACAAGAUCCGCGAAGUGGUUGGCAAGGCUGAUCUGGCGCGCGCACGCAUACAAAUGGUGGUGCAUUUCCAGCGCGCAAAACUGUACUUGGAUGAGCAGUACACAUACAACAACACGCCGACCAUUUUGACCCUUCUGCUUAUGUCGGUAUACGAGCAGGGCACCAUGUCGACGCGGAGCUGGCUCUACUCGGGAAUGGCUGUCCGCAAGGCCUACGACUUGGGUAUUCAUCGCGAUGUGGGCGUGGCCAAGAACAAUGUCAUGGCCGUCGUGUCGUCGGUUGAAGCCGAGAUCCGCCAGCGCGCAUGGUGGGGGUGCUACAUCAUGGACAUUAUGGUCAGCGCGACGCUCGGCCGCCCGACUACUAUUCGC